AGAUCCAUGGCAUAUUCUCGCUUUAGGCCGCCUCUAUUUCUUGGCCUCAUGGCCUCGGAGAAGAGGGUUUCCACAGUGGUGAGCGCACGCGCAGGAUCGAUCGUCCCCUCCGUCUUCUCCGAUCUAGCUCUCGGCACCGAUGGCCCCUGCCGCGAUUCCCAGCGCCUCAAUGCGAUCCUCUUCAUGGGGGAUCGCGUCAAGCACAUUGAUUGCUGCCUCAGCCCCACCGUGGAGUGCCUCUCCAAGAUCAGGAACGUCGGCCCCGUGAUCGCGCGCAAGCUAGGGCCCCGGGCGGAUGUCUGGGUCGUGGAGGCGCCCCGAUUCGCGUGGAAUUCCAUGGCCUGCUACGAUUGUUUUCUUCCUCACCUCAAUCCAUGGGGGAACCCGCAUUCGUAUGAUCCUCGCGGUCUCCCAGCGGCCGCGACGACGAUCAGCGUUCUCAAAGACGUCGCCUCUCAGGUGAACGGGCAGCUUGAGCGUUCCAAAGGGAGGAAGCGAAUGGAAUCACGCGCUACUUCUAGCCUGGGAAAGCACAGGACGAUCGUCAUGGGGUUUAGCAAAGGUGGUGUGGUUUUAAACCAGCUCAUGGCGGAGCUAGCGCACUUACACGGCCCGGAUCACAAGACGCGCUCGGAGAAAGAAAAAGAGGUGGAGCUUGGCGAGUUUGCAUCGAUUCCUCGUACCAGCGAAGAGUUCCUGGACAGCAUCGAGCAGUUCCACUACAUUGACGUCGGGAUGAACGAGUGCGGCGCUUACACCACGGACGACAGUGUCUUGGAAGAGAUCGCAAAGGUUGCGAGGCUCCGGGACUCCGGCCUCACGGUUUUCAUGCACGGAACACCACGCCAAUGGAGCGAUCCAAACAGAGGGUGGAUCUCCGCGGAGAAAGACCAGUGCAUCCGGCAGCUUAGAGAAGCUGGAAGAAAGUUUGCUGCUAAUGGAAAGCUCAGGGUGGAAGAAAAAACGUACUUUGCAGACGAAGAGCCCAGUCUCGACAUGCACUUUUCAAUCCUGGAAGCGUUUGAUCUCUCCGUUCCGGAUCUGUAAGUAGCGAGGAGUUUCGAGCAUUGCGUUUAGAGCAAGCCUUUCUCUUGCAGGCUAGCAACCGUGUCCACCAGCAUCUUCUCGUAGGGGAUGAACUCCUUGAUGAGGGACAGGAUCUUCUUGUUCGACAUCUUCUUGAAUGAAUUGCCUUGAGUGGUCUCACCUUCA